GGCGUUGACGCGCGUUGCAACAUGUUUGCGUGUGUGUAGAUCGCUGCCGGAUUCAAUACACAAGACGUAUUCUCUUAUUUAUCAACUAAACGAAACUUGUUUGUUAUAAGUGAAUGAUGUAUAUCACAUAUGAAUACUUUUAUCAUUGAAUUUAAACAGUUCUAAGUGUAUUUUACGAGUGAAGUCUAUGUAAGUGUGUUGUUGUGCCGUUUACUAAGGACAGGAUUUUGGCGGUGCAAUAGAGGGCAGGGGCCGACAUGAGAAAAAUAAACGGUUUUUAAGUACAACAAGAAAUUAUGAUGACAAUCGACAAAGCUGGUAGACCGCCGGCACCACGUAGAGCAUCUACGUACAGAAGCUACGAUGAACUGGGCUUAAUUGAUCGAGGCAGACCCCUGCGACAAAGACAUGGUGGGGUCGAAGAUCUCACCAUGGAGACACCAAGACAUUCCAGAGCAUAUGCUCGAGAUUUAGAUGACAUAACAAUCAUAAGCUCUGAAGAAAUACAGAGACCGAAAAGAAGGACCAUGGAAGGUUUUGCGAAUGGGUUCCGAAGAACAUUCUCUGUCAGAAGCAGAAGAGAAGCGCCAGAAGGCAUUCAGAUGGAUACACUCAACGUAACUGGAGAUGAAAGCUUCGCAACGGUUCGCGGUGCUCCAUUUGGAAGACGUAGAUCAUUGUCCAGGGACCGCGGAUCAUCCAUUCUAGGUAGAAGUUCUUCGGAAGGUGAUGUCCGUAUGCCAUUACCUCGAGCUCCAACUUCCAAUCCAACGCCUCGUCUGCACCGCUGUCUCCGAGCUCUCGGCGGGAGCUGGAAGAACCUUUUAUUAUUGGGCGGAAUGUCGCGGGGUGGCGGCGGCGCCGGGAAAGCUACGACCGCAAAGCGUGUGCCGCCUCCGGCCAUACCGAGCGACGCUUUCGGAACGCCGCAACACAGACAUUCAGGAUCCAGCUUCGGAUCGCAAGGCUACGCAUCCUGUGAGGAACAGGCAUAUCCUCAGCCACCGGAUACGCCCUCACACACUCGAGAUGAUCAUUCCGAUUACGGCAGCACAGUGUCCGGGGUGUCGGGAGUGUCUGGUGCCAGCGGCAGCCUUGGCAAGAGUCCAGCUAGUGGGGGUACUUUCACCUUCCCCCCUCCCUCGCAACCGCUCACCCACAAGGCUGCUGUCUACUACCACCACCAGCUAGCGCUGAGCGACGAUCAGGGCAUCGAUAUGACACAGAGUCCUGGCCGCGACAGUCCUGGUUCAUCUUCAGGUUCAGCCGGCUCCGGCUCCCGUCACUCGUCAGCGUCGCUGGACAGCGGGCGAGCUUCGGGACGGAUGCCCCACCAUCAUCACGCCUCGUGCCACUGCGGAGACACGGUUGAUAGAGUUCGAGCGAUGAUAGCACAAGGAGUACCGGACGUAGACAUAAUCCACGCCUGGCUUGCUGAUCUCCAAAUGGAAGAAUAUGCGCGUCUGUUUAUCGAGGCUGGCUAUGACCUCGCGACCGUCACCAGAAUGACACCAGAAGACUUGACAGCUGUGGGCAUCAAGAAACCGAACCACCGCAAGAGACUGAAGGCAGAACUUGCAAAUUUGAACGUUCCAGACAAUUUACCUGAUUUCAUACCGGGCUCCUUAGAGGAAUGGCUGAGACUUCUGAGAUUAGAGGAGUACGGUCCAGCGUUGGUUACCCAGGGAUACCGCACCGUGCAUGACGUCACACAACUUGCCUGGGAGGACUUAGAAGACAUGGGCAUUGUAAGGUUGGGCCAUCAAAAGAAAAUACUUCUGGCAAUCAAAAGAGUAAAGGAUAUUAGAGCUGGCAAGAGAAGCAUCAGUAGCCAGGGUUCUCUGGAUUUCACGAGACUACAGCCAGGACAGGAUUUAUAUCCGCGGGAGCAAUACCAGCAUUGGGAGAGACAGGCGAGGAGUUACCAUAAACCCCCCGAUCUAAACUUUGAUGCUCUACGAACGCCAUUAUGUGGCACUGACUUGGUCCCCAUCCAGAUUCGUCAACCGCGCGGAAAGUCUUUGGAAAGCUUGGAAGAUCCUUCGGAGCGUACCUCGCAUACUACAUUCUCUCCAGAAGCGGGGUUCUAUUAUGCGGGUCAAUGGAGACGUUCGUAUGAUGAUGGAGACAUUACUCCAACAAACGAUAGCUCAUACGAAGGUGGCGGAACAUUGCCAAGACCAAGAGGCUUAGUUAGACCACGGCCUGUUGCGAAGAUCCAGGCCACACCGGCGUACAGAGAUAAAUCACCAGAUUAUACUUAUGAUGAAAUAGCCUAUUCCGCUAGAUUACAGCGUGUUGCUUAUGGGGCAAGUCCACACGUUGCCCGAAAGCCUCCACCAGAGCCGCCUAAAAGGCAGAGUUCACAGUACGCCCCCUUCACAAGAUUUGGACAAACAACUGUGGAAAUUCAUCCGGAGAAAAGUUUGCCAUUGAGUCUUCCCGCUUAUCCAAGUUCGGACUCAUUGAGCGUGUCACUGGACAGUACAGGACUGCUGCCGCCACCUCCUGCACCGUCGUCACCUCCGAGAAGAUAUGACGAGGAUAAGAUGCGAACAGGAUCCGACGCUAGUUUUAAGUCAAGUUCUAGUACCGAAUCGGAUAGCAUUCCAUUUGCAAACGAAAAUGCGGGUACGAUCAAACAGAACCGUAGUCAAAUGUCAGGCCGACCACAUACUGUCGACUAUGGGAGAACUGGUAUGGGACUUGCCGCGCUGCCCCCAAGGAAUCCAACAGAUGUAAAGCCAAGUUCUGCUCACACAUUACCGGAAAAACAGGAAAAUAAGAGUACUGAACCAGCUGACGUUCUCAAUGACAUCGGUAACAUGUUAGCAAAUUUAACUGAUGAACUUGAUGCAAUGCUGGAAGAAGAAAAACGCCAAGGGCUGGCUGAGACAUAAUUGGCAUGACAAUUUCUUAAUUUUAUACUCGAAUACUAAAUAAACACAUUAAGGGUGUAUGUUAUGGAAAUUUGUUCCAAAGAAAUUUUGUUAAAUCGGUACUUAUUUUUAUCUAUUUUAUUUAUUAUCUAUAUCUUAUUUAUGACACAAACUACGGAAUCAGAACAUUCGCAUCGCCAAAAUAACAUGUAAAGGAAUAGAGAGUCAUCGAGGUAAAGCAUGAUUAUAUUCAUAAUUCUUUGUUGAUUUAAUAUAACACUUAGAACCAUAAAACGUAUUAGAUGUAAUUGAUUAACAAUUUUUACACAUUUGUAACUUAUUUGGUGCAACAAGCAAUGCACAGUUUAUUACAAAUUUUUCAUACAUUUUCUUGAAAAUACAUUUCAAUCAUAUCUUCCGUAUUUUCUGAAACAUGUUUAUGAUUUUCGUUUACCAAAUUUCAAUUUUGGUAUACUUUUUAUUUCAUAUUUAUAGCAUAUUAAGUAGUUCCUCGUUUAACAAGUUCUGCGCUCUUUGUUCGAUAUUGAUUUGAUAAUCAAGAGUCAGAUCCACGAUAUUUUUGUAAAUACUUUACUUAAAUUAUCUUAAAUAGAAAAUAUCCAGUAGCUAGUUUUUCAUGUACAAUAAAAUUGUAGAGUAAUGAAUUAUGAUGUAGUGUGUUAGUUAGAAUUUAUACAAAAUGGUAGCUCCAGAAAUAGUGUGAAAAAUGUAGGGUUUUUACGAUAAGUGUACAAACAUACGUCGUUAGUAACUGUAUUCUACUACUUAUUCUAUUAUGAUAAAGGAAUAAUAAUUGUUUAGGUUUCAUGUUUAAACAUUAUUUUGUCAGUCCGCCAGGUCUGGUUCUGCAGUUUUGAAAAGCCAGUGAGUUUGUAUUACAGUUAGCUCUAUUCCGAUUUCAUCAUAUAUAAUAUAAAAGUUUUAUAUUUUUUCAUUCAACAAUACACAACUUAUAUAUUAUACACACAAUAGAAACUUUUAAAUACACUAAUAUCAUGAUCUUUAUCCUUACAUAUAAAUGGCUAAAACGUGAUAUUCAGUUGCCAUAAAACACAGUUAUAAUUAAAAGUACAUAAUAAUUUUAUUAUAAUAUAUGAGAAUUUGCGUGUUGUUUAACAUAGUUCUUAGAGUGAAUGUAAUAUCUUUAAAAACAUCUACUUCAAAUAGCGACGAUUCAAUUGUUGAAACGUUAAUAAGUUGGCUUACUUUAUCUUGAUUGAUAUUAGCUAAUAAACUACACUUCCCAUGUAGCUACUUUCAUUUCAUAGCUUUCUAUUGUAAAUAAUAGAAUCAAGUGUUAUAUACAGUGCCCUUUGAUACCUAAUCAUUCGUACCUAUUUAGUAAUGUUGUAUACCUACCUAUAUGUAUAUCAUUAACUACCAUCACUCGCUUAAGAUAAUGAUGCGACCUUUUAUAAUAAUUACUUUAGAUAGAAAAUCAUUAAAUUUGGAUGUAACGUUAUUUGAGUCAUAUAUAAAUAUUGAGACUAGAUAUUAUUAUAAACUUAUAAUUUAAUACACAUUUGAUUUCAAUGAUCAUAAAUAGGCAAGUAUCGAAAUCGAUAUUCUUUUUCAAAUGUAGGUAUUUGAUUUUGAUUAAGUGGUAGGUAAGUAUGUAUAACAGGUAUCACUUGUAUUGACUCAAGUAGCGUAUAAAAUUGGAUUGAUACAUUUUGGUCUUUUAACUAGUCAAAAUUAAUUUAGAGUGAUGGCUUUUCAUUCAUGUAGUUAACUUUUAGUUAUUAUUCAUAAACAGUUUGCUGUCUUUUAUUUGUAUAAUUAAACUAUUUGAAUAAAUAUUAUUUUAUAACAUUA